ACAUGGCUCCUGGUCGUUGCUACAAUUGCCAGAAAAACUGUGAUACUAAGCGAUGUACUGGCUGCCAACAAGCAUCCUACUGUUCAAAAACCUGUCAGAGAACUCACUGGCAUAAACACAAGGAAAACUGUAUCCAAGCAGACUCUUCAGUACACGAACUAUCCAAGGUUUGCUUGUGGGAUAUUUUCCCUGCACGUUGGUCGGCAGUUUCACGCGACUAUGGAUUCGAUAACGUCCGUAUAUUCCACCAAGAUGUAUUAUGGUCAAGCGAAAAUAUGACUGCAGAAACUAUUUUGCUUGGCACGUUUCAGCUCAUUAUAAAGGACGUGGGCAAUCUUGAAUUUGGUGACACUAUUUACGUAUUCAAUGCCAUCGAUGCGUCAAAGAAGAUGAUUGUCAAAGCCGUUGAAAACAAUGAACUAGAUGACUUUAUUCAUCGUUACAUCCGAAACGUGCUCAGUCGUCACGGAAAAGCAAGCCCAAAGUACUUGUUUGGAUGGAUAUGGAACCGUCUUGUUAUUGGCCCUACUCGAACUGAUGGUCUCACUGAACAGCAAAUCCAAGAAAUGCGACAAAAAAUCUACAACAAGUACUAUGGAAGUGUGAAUUCCCCGAACUGUUGCUGUUUGACUUUAAGACAGGCACCGAUUGUCGAACAUCCUUCACGAUGUUAA